UUAAAAAAAUAAAAUAAAAAAUUAUAGAUUGUUUUUCUUCAGGGGGAGGGGGUUAGAGUUUGAUGCAAUUUGCCUUCAUAUACACCAAACCAUGUAUAAUAAUAACAAUAAUAAUAUGAAAUAAAAAAAAUUGAAAAAAAAUCCAUUUAUAUAUAUUGGGUUGAAAAAAAAAAAAGUAAAAGAAAAAUUUUUAAGAAAAUUUUCAAGAAUUCAAACAUCGGGAAAAAAAAGUUGAAAAGCCCUGAAACAAACUCUCACAAAGUUCAGUACAAAGCUUCGUACCCCAAAAAGCUCUCUUCUCUGUUUGUCCCUCCAUUAAGUCUCUUUCUCCGCUGCCAAAAUUCUCAUUUUCCAUUAAGUUUUUGGUCUGCAGGAACAAUAUGCUGAAAAGGGUAGCACCCAAAAUUCCUGAUUUGAAGAGAUUUCAUUGUCGAUUUGAUAGAAAUGUGUAUUUGGCAUCCAAGAAAACACUAACCCCAGUGGGAGGAGGAGUUGAUGAUCCUAUGUAUUGUGAUGUACCAAAGCCUUAUAGGAAAAAGUCUGAGAGGAAGCCAUAUCCUACGCCCAUGAAGGUUUUGAUUAGAAAAGCCAAGGAAGAGAAAGAACAUAGGAAGGCACAGCCUUGUAGGCUCCUUGAGAAACCCCCUGAUAAUGGCCUCUUGGUCCCUGAACUUGUUGAGGUUGCUCACCAUGUCCACCAAGCCAGACAGUCCCUUCUUCUUGGCUUGUCAAAGCUUCUUCAAGUCGUUCCCAUCCAACGCUGCAGGUUCUGUUUUGAGGUACAUGUUGGAUAUGUGGGUCAUGAAGUUCGAACCUGUAUGGGUCCAAAGGGUGGAUUUCGAAGUGCCAUGCAUGUUUGGAGAAAGGGAGGAGUUCAAGAUGUGGUUUUCUUCCCCAAAUGCUUCCAUCUUUAUGAUCGUGUUGGUAAACCAAGAGUUGGGCAUGAGGAGAGGUUUAGUGUCCCAAGAAUCCCUGCCAUUUUGGAGCUUUGUAUACAAGCUGGUCUUGACCUUCCUAAAUACCCUACUAGAAGAAGAACACAUCCUGUAUAUUCUAUUGAAGGAAGGAUAGUAGACUUUGAAUCAGUAACAGAAACUGAUGAAAUGGAUAGAAAACCUUAUGCCGGGAUUGUUGAUUCUCUAACACGUUCAAAUAUAGGGACAAAAGUUGAAGAAUUAGCUGAUUUAGAUUUGGCGAAUUCUGGUAAUCAUCAGGAUGUAAUGACAGAUGAAAUAAAAGGAAAGUUGAGGGACUUAAGCAUUGGGACAGUUGGCUCAUGGUUUGAGAUGAUGUCGGGAGCAAAGAAGAUCAUGGAGCAGUACAACGUGAUGACUUGUGGAUAUUGUUCAGAGGUUCAGGUAGGACCCAAAGGGCACAAGGUAAGGAUGUGCAAGGCAUCAAAACAUCAGUCCCGUAAUGGUUUGCAUGCAUGGCAAGAAGCCACAAUUGAUGACCUUGUGGGUCCUAAUUAUGUUUGGCAUGUUCAAGAUAUGAAUGGCCCUGCUUUGGAUAACAACCUGAAAAGGUAUUACGGGAAGGCUCCAGCAGCGGUAGAGUUGUGUGUACAAGCAGGAGCACCUGUUCCAGAUCAAUAUAGAAGUAUGAUGAGAUUAGACAUAAUUCCUCCUAACCGUGAUGAAGUUGAUCUUGUUGCAUGAGUUAGUGUUCUUUCAUGAGGUGGACGGCAUUCCUGUUUGCAGUUAUUGAUGUUGGCAAGGAAAACAAAAGAAAGGGUUCUCAUAGCUGGAAUUCCAAGUCUACUGGAUCAAAGUUGCAUCUAGUUCUGUUUUCUUCUAUGAGACUUUCAGGUCAUGUAUGGCUUGUGAAUAAUGGAGUUUGUAUGAACUUCCUGGUUUCUAUGUGGUACCCGUCGAAGUUGGUCAUAUUGCCUGUGUUUUAAUCAAAAAUGCCCUUUACAAAUCUGGUUCUGUAAGCUUGCAUUGUAACAGGAAGGAGAGCUUCUAAGGCUGGAGCAGCAAGAGAAACGAUGAUAUUUGGUUUAGAAGAAAAAAUAGGUUAAAUGUAGGAGUAAGAAAACACAAAAUGGGUUCAAUGUAGAAGCAAUGUAUAUACUAAAGGACCAUAAAUGUUGAAAUGAUCUAUAAACAACAAUACUGACAUUGUUUUUUCUGAAGCAUUUUGCCAGAAUAGAGCAGUAAAAGUACCGGAGGGUUAAUGGAACCAAGUAUCCUAUGUUGUCCAAUUUAGUAAAAGAUGUGUUUGCAAUCUAAGUGUCUACUAUGACUUUGACAGUGCAUUUAGUACUACUGAUGGAAGGACUCUAGAUCCUUUCCAAAGUUCUUUGACCCCUAAAAUGGUGGAAGUUUUAGUAUGCACCAAAAAUUAGUUUAAAGCUUCUCUAGUUGUUGAUAGAUUCUACAUGGAAGAUGUGGAGUACUUGACAAAUUGGAUGCAGGAGUGAUGCCUACUACAUGGUGAAAUGCAUCAAUUGCUGCUUUUUCUUUUUUUUCUUUUUUUCUUAUUUAUUUUGCAUUGAAGAGUUUGUUUAUUUAUUUAUUUUUAAAACAAUGACAAGUGCUGUUGUUACAGCCUUAGUGAUUGAUUGAUUUCACUUUGCAUUUUAUUCUAUAUUAAAUUACUGUAGUUGUAUUUUAUAUUUGAAAGACCUUAGUUGAAUUUUAUGUUUGAAAAACUUUAAAUUGUAUUCUAUAUUUGAAGACU